AGAUGGACAUUUUUCAGGCCAUAUUUUCCAUUAACUUACAAUGAAGGGUGGAGGAGAAGUCAAAAUCCAAAAGCCAACAAAUGAUGCUGCAGGUGGUGUUUGCAUUUCGUGUACAUUUGAAAAACUGCUGGCUCCCGUGGUCUGAGCAGAGCUGGUCUCUGCCCUUCUGCCCUGGGCAAGCCAGCGGGACGGGCGACUUCCAGGCCAGAGGAGGCCGCGGAAAGGCUCGGAGAGUCCGUUCACCCCUUCCUCCGGUCACCCAUCACCCGGCAGGUGCCCGCGGCCACCCCCGCACCGCCUUGGACACGGGCUCCGCCGAGGGGCCCUCGGUCCGCGGAGCAGGAGCCGGACACCGCGGCGGGGGUGGGGUCCGGGACCCCCGUGAAGCCGUGUCCGGGGGAUGGCGCGGCACGAGACCGAGCCCACCGCGGCGCAGGGGCCGCGGGCUCCGUCCCUUCCGGGGGCGGUGCCGCGGGCGGCGGCCCCAGCCGGGCUGCAGGGAAGCGCCCGCCCCUGCCGCCCCCGGCGCGGUAAGAUGGCGGCCGCGGCUCAGGCGCUGAGCGGCACCGGGCUGCUUCUGGCCGCCGCCGCCCUCGCCCUCCUGGCCGUGGCCAUCGGCACCGACUCCUGGUACGAGACAGACGCGCGGCGGCACCGCGAGCGCUGCCGCGGCUUCGGCCACAAGCGCAGCGACCCGCCCGGCUCCAUGUCGGCGCCCAGCUCGCACCUGCCGCUCCGCGCCCGACCCCCGCGGGCGCUCCUGCCCGGGCGCCCCCCGGCCCCCGCCCCGGCCGCCGCCGCCGCUUCCGCCGCGCUGGACUCGCACUGCGGCCGCCGCUUCAACUCCACCGUCUCGGGGCUCUGGAGGCGCUGCCACCGCGCGGGCUACGAGCCGGACAGCGAGGAGCUCAUCCGGAAAGGAGUUAUUCAGCGCUGCACUGCUGUGAAGUACCACUACACCUCCAGCUCUCUGCCUCGCAAUUUACCCAUCAACAUCACCAACACCAUCCGGCAGGAUGAGUGGCACGCGCUCCAUCUGCGCAGGAUGACAGCUGGCUUCAUUGGCAUGGCAGUCUCCAUCAUCCUGUUUGGGUGGAUCAUUGGUGUGCUGGGCUGCUGCAAACAGCAGGAGCUCAUGCAGUACGUGGCUGGGCUGCUCUUCCUAAUGGGAGGUACUUGCUGCAUCAUCUCACUCUGCACAUGCGUAGCUGGGAUCAAUUUUGAGUUAUCCCGCUAUCCUCGCUACGUCUAUGGGCUGCCAGAGGACAUCAGUCAUGGCUAUGGCUGGUCCAUGUUCUGUGCCUGGGGGGGCUUGGGCCUCACCCUGCUGGCUGGGUUCCUCUGCACAUUGGCCCCAUCACUCAACACCUCCCGGGCAUCUGUACAAAAACCCAGACAUGAAAAUGGGGCCGUGUGACCCCAGAGAGAGGAGAGACUCUGGAAAGUGCAGCCUGGGCAGAGCUGUGGGUUAACACCAGGAAGAGGUGGCAUGUCAGCGUGUGGAGUGCAGUGCCAGAGCUGUUGAAAUGCCAGCCCAUGGGAUGCUGCUGCAGCCUCCAGUCGCAGACACGGACAUUGCAAGUAACUCCAGGUUUGAAUUAUUGGCAACUUGAUCAUUGAUGGUUUAAGGGAGACGGUUCUUUCAAUUUGUUUUUCUUCUGUUUACAAGGGAUUAAGUCCAAGAUUGUGUCUUUUUUUGUGCUGUUUUUUGAACUGUACCUCCAUGGUCCUGUUAUUGUCCAGUUGUAAGGGAUGUUUACGCACCAACUCUAUUGCUGCAGGUCUGUGUAAUUCAGACCCAAGUUAGGACAAGGAGCUAAGUGAAGUUGGCUUGAACACUUUUGCAACAGGCAUGUCUAGUGUUGGCUCAGGCCAUCCUUUCCCAAAAGAACCUUGAUCUAAGCCGAGGUUUAGGCCAAAGAAUUAGCCCAUUCUUAGUAUUAAUUUAUUUAAAUCAGAAACCUGUGCUAUUCCAUGCUGUGGAUUCAGCUAUUUACUCACUACUCAAACUGUUUCCAAAAGGAGCUAGCUGUAACUGAACAGCCAGACUCCAAGAAAAUUCUUACGGACUCUGGGAAAGCAGAGGAAGGUUUUUCUCAGCUUCUUACACCGUGAAGGUUACUCAUUUGGCUAACUAACAUACCCUUGUUUUAAUGGGGAGAUGUAUGCAACAUGCAGCUUUUAACUGUUCCACCAGAGAUACAUUUUCCAAAAUGUGUCAUAGUUUGAGCUGCCAGCUGGAUCAACUUUCACUUCUGAACUAACUUCUGGGUGCAACUCCUGUUCUGUGAAAGGAGAUGAGUAAUUCUCCCUCAGCUCAAAUAACGCUACUGCUAAAAUAGCAGAUGUACGGCCCCCUCUAAUAUUAGUGUCCAAAGGAACCACAGUGUAUUUUCCUCAGGAAUGUGUGGCUUCUGCCCCUUCCAAUGUCAAAUGCCCUGUGCGCAGCGUGUCAAGAACACGCGUGUUCUGCUGGAACAAGAUCCCUCUCCAAAAUGAGCACUAAGGACCUUGGUACCAGCACAAGUACUAGGGCUAACUCAGGAACAUCAGCCAAAGUACUUUGGAGUGCAUUUUUCUUUCAUCCAUCUAUUCUUUUUUUCCUUCUCACAUCCCUGCCCCUCUACCAAGCGUCCAAAAACUGCACAGGUAAAGAUGAGAUGGCCAGCAUUUGGAGAUGUUUACAUUGUAUUUAAAAUACAAUACAGUGGCAUGUAAGAUACUUAAAGCUAAAGUCAGUGUAUUUAUGAAAAGUGUAAUUUUUAAAUGGAAGUUGUAAUUCUCAACUGGCAUUAAAAGUACUGAAAGACUUG